UCCAAUACUCUGAAGAACAAACAAAAAGGAUCCCUCCAUCUUCACCGUCGCUCCUUUUCAUUUAAGGCGCCUGCGGUUAAAAAUGGACAGUAAAAAUGUCAUCGUUUGCGACAAUGGCACCGGUUAUGUCAAGUGCGGUUUUGCGGGGGAGAAUUUCCCUACAUCGGUAUUUCCGUCUGUAGUAGGUAGGCCGAUGUUGAGAUACGAAGAAACGCUUAUGGAACACGAGUUGAAGGAUAUUGUUGUCGGUGAAGCUUGUUUGAACUUAAGGCAUCAACUAGACAUAUCUUAUCCCGUCAACAAUGGCAUUGUGCAAAAGUGGGACGAUAUGGGUCAUGUUUGGGAUCACGCCUUCUAUAAUGAACUCAAGGUGAAUCCAUCAGAAUGUAACAUUUUGCUCACAGAUCCGCCUCUUAAUCCUUCCAGAAACAGGGAGAAGAUGGUCGAGACUAUGUUUGAGAAGUACAAUUUUGCUGGCGUAUUCAUCCAGAUACAAGCUGUUUUAACAUUGUAUGCUCAAGGUUUACUUACUGGAUUAGUCAUUGACGCUGGCGAUGGUGUAACUCAUGUUGUUCCCGUUGUGGAUGGUUACUCAUUCCCUCAUCUUACAAAGCGAAUGAAUGUUGCUGGACGUCACAUAACAUCAUAUCUUGUUGAUUUACUGCUUAGGAGAGGUUAUGCAAUGAAUAAGAGCACUGAUUUUGAGACUGUAAGAGAUAUCAAAGAAAAGCUCUGCUACAUCAGUUAUGAUUACAAAAGGGAAUAUCAACUAGGACUUGAGACCACCAUUCUCGUUAAGAAUUAUACUCUGCCAGAUGGGAGGGUUAUCAAAGUUGGUACUGAACGCUUUCAAGCCCCAGAAGCUCUUUUUACUCCAGAACUGAUAGAUAUUGAAGGGGAUGGAAUUGCUGACAUGGUAUUCCACUGUAUUCAGGAAAUGGAUAUUGACAACCGUAUGAUGCUUUACCAGCAUAUAGUUUUGAGCGGAGGAAGCACAAUGUAUCCAGGAUUACCUAGUAGGCUAGAGAAAGAAAUCUUGGAUCGUUAUCUUGAUGUCGUUUUGAAGGGUAACAAAGUUGGACUGAAGAAAUUGCGGCUUCGCAUUGAAGAUCCUCCUCGAAGGAAGCAUAUGGUGUAUCUCGGGGGCGCGGUACUUGCAGGAAUCAUGAAGGAUGCACCUGAAUUUUGGAUUAGCAAACAGGAUUAUAUGGAAGAGGGAGUUAAUUGCCUUAGCAAGUGUGGUUAGGCAGUAUUUCAACGCGCUAGAGAAAACAUUGAAGCAACGUUUAUUCUACUUAUCACGAGUAUGAAGAGAUAAGAAGCGGAACAUUUGAAGUUGGGGCUUAUGCAUUAAAGAUGUAAAUGCUUGCAGAAAUUAUGGUGCCUUCAUUCCAACUCGGGAGUCUAGCCUUUUUUCUUUAUUGGUUAUGUUGAUAAUUGUCAAUUGGUCAUAGUAUGUUUUGACUACAACCAAGUCCAUAGAUUGGAAGUAACAAUAAUAGUGUUUUAGAAACAUGUUUGUUAGGUAAAAACAUCAGCGAUUCUAAUACACUUCUCAUGUUCUUAGUGAGACA